AUGGUAGGAACAAAUCUUACUACUGUAGUGGAAUUCAUUCUACUUGGAUUUUCUGAUCUUCAUAAUUUCCAAGGUUUUUUGUUUGGCAUUUUCUUAAUUAUCUACAUGAGUAUCCUGAUAGGAAAUGGACUCAUCAUUUUAGUAACCAAAGUUUUUCGAGCUCUCCACACUCCCAUGUAUUUUUUCCUUGGGAACUUUUCUUUCUUGGAAAUCUGUUACACAUCAGUCACUCUCCCCAAUAUGUUGACAAAUCUUUGGACCCAUGAUAGAAGUAUUUCCUUUUUGGCCUGUGCUAUUCAACUUUGUUUCCUCCUUAUUCUUGGAAGCACUGAGUGCUUACUCUUGACUGUGAUGGCUUAUGAUCGUUAUGUGGCCAUCUGUAAACCACUCUACUACCCUCUCAUCAUGAACCAUAAGGUUUGUUUCCAGCUUGUGUUUGGUUCCUGGACCAUUGGAAUCCCAGUUAUGAUUGGGCAGACAUAUCAUGUUUUUUCUCUGCCUUUCUGUGAUUCUAAUAAACUUAAUCAUGUUUUCUGUGAUAUCCCCCCAUUAUUGAAGUUGGCUUGUUCAGAUACCUCUGUGAUAGAGUUCUCUGUCUAUGUUGUUGCAGUGUUGUUUGUCAUGAUACCCUUUCUAUUGAUAAUCAGAUCUUAUGUCAAAAUCAUUUCUACCAUCCUGAAGCUGCCAUCAAACACAGGAAAAUAUAAAGCCUUCUCAACUUGCUCUUCUCACCUUAUAGUUGUUAUUUUAUUCUUUGGGUCAGCAACCAUUACAUAUUCAAGACCCAAGUCAAACAACUCAGGAAGAACUGACAAAAUACUCUCUCUUUUGUACACCAUUGUAACCCCAAUGUUUAAUCCCAUGAUAUACAGCCUGAGAAAUAAAGACAUCAUUGAUGCACUGAAAAAAUUAUUACAAGCAAAAUGGUAA